UUUGGGCAUUGUUCUUUCCUAUUUGAUGUGUGAAAUUACUCACUUUGGGGGUGUGUGGCCAGACAUACUUCUUUUCCUCUAUGUCAGGCACCAUAUGGAGCAAUAUAGCUCAAGCUGAGGGUGUGGUAUAAAAAUACACAGUCCCUUUGCUGCACAGAUAUUUCCAUUGUGAGCUUCUGAAGCAGAGCCUCUACACAGAGGCUGGUCUUUGCAAGCGUGUGGUGUCUGCCCUGAACACGUGUUGACCGUUUCCUAGCUGCAUCCUUUGCUGCAUGGGAAUGUUCUCUGAUAAAUAUUGGGUCUCUUCCUUACAAAUGGGGAUGGGCCUUUUAGAGCUGAUGAGGAUGCCUUCUCAUUUAACAUGCUUGAAAGGGAGAGAGCAGCCAAAUUGUCCCCCGUCCUCCAGGACUUGGCAGGGGGCUGCGUGUUUUGAGUGCGUUUGGCAGAGUUUUGGUGUUCUGACUCAGCAAAUGGUAACAAAGGGAGGAUGGCGAAGCCUUCCUUUAUUCCAUAAUCCUGUUUGCUUUUCUGGAAAUCGGCUAUAGCCUCAGAAUCACUGACUCAAUUUUUGGAUCCUAUUCUCAUGACAAAGCGGCUGUCUGGUUUAAAACAAGCCCAUUAUAAAAAGGGUGCCUCAGAUCCAGGCUGUUUGUAACAGCUUCUGACGUUCCUCCAGCACUGGGGAGCUUGGCUGGAACGGAAAAUGUCCAGAGCUGGAACCAAGGUCACCUUCUAUGAAGACAAGAAUUUCCUAGGCCGUUGCUAUGAGUGCGACAGCGACUGCCCCGAUUUUCACACCUACCUGAGCCGCUGCAACUCCAUUCGGGUGGAUGGAGGCACCUGGGUGGCCUAUGAGAGGCCCAACUUUUCCGGGAACAUGUAUGUUCUGACGCGUGGGGAGUAUCCUGACUACCACCACUGGAUGGGCCUCAACGACCGCCUCGGCUCCUGCAAAGCCGUCCAGAUACCAAGUGGAGGCCGGGGCCACAUCCAAGUAUUUGAGAAGGGAGAUUUUGGCGGGCAGAUGUUUGAAGCCACCGAAGACUGCCCUUCCGUCAUGGAGGAGUGGCACAUGCGCGAGGUCCAUGCCUGCAGAGUGCUGGAGGGCGUCUGGGUUUUCUAUGAGCAUCCCAACUACCGAGGCAGGCAGUACCUGCUGCCCAAGGGGGAGUACCGCAAACCUGUGGAGUGGGGAGCAGCGAGCCCCGCUGUUCAGUCCUUCCGCAGCAUCGCCGAGUGA